AUGCAACACACAAAUAUAACAUCAAAUGUGUCAUCAAUCCUGUUUUACGAAUAUGUUCUGGAUGUGAUUACUUCAAUCAAUCAUGGGACUUGUCGAAUAUCACUAGAUGAUGGACUCUUAGAGAAAUUUUCGAACAAUAUAAAUCCUGAUCUAAUAUGUGCCGUUAAGGACAACAAUGAUACAAUUAACUUUAUAAAUGAUUUUAAAAAGAUUCGACUAAAUGAUAUUGAUUUGCUUAUAGUGAUCAUUAAAUUCAAUGGAAUUUUGAAUGAAAAACUUCCACUUAAAUCUCAAUUAAAUAUACUAAACUUACCCAUCAACUCAAAACUCAAUCAAGAUUUUUCAAUUGAUACAAUAAAAUCUACCAUAAAUUUAGGUUUAUUACCAUAUUUUGAAAUUAUAAAUGGCUCAAAUGAUAAUUCUUCAAAUAUAAUUAAAAAAUUCAAAGAGUUAUCAUCAUCUUUAAAAUCGGAAAGUUUCAAAAUACCAGACUUAAUAAGUUCAACUCAUCCUAAAAUAAAACAGUUUUUACAAGAUCAAACACGACUGAUUGAUAUUGAAGAUAUUACAUUUUUAAAUGAAUUAACUUCCAUUUGCAAUAAUUGGGUUAAAGAAAUUCAAACUUUUAGUAAAAUCAAUCAUAAUUCAAAUAUUUUAAUUGAAGAAAUUGAAUUUUGGAAUUCAAUUGAAAUCGCAAUUUUAUUAAUUGAAAAACAAAUUGAAAGUCCGGAAAUUAAAACAACUUUAAAAUUUUUGAAUCAAGCAAGAAGGUUUCAUACAGUUUUAAGUUUUGAAAAUGAUACUGGAAUUAAUGAAAUAAAAAAACAAUCAAAUACUUUUAAUACAUUUUUUAAAGAUUUACCUAUUCAAGAAUUAAUUGAUAUUGUUAAUGAUUCAGAAUUUUCAAAAUUACAAGAUUCAAUUUCUGAUUUAUUUUAUCAUUUAAAAUCUAAAUUAAGUUUACUUUCAAUUGUUGAAAUUAAUGAAAUCAUUACAUUGUUUCUUAAUGAUAUUUUCAAUAAAUUUCAAGAAAUAUAUUUAUCUUUAAAUGUUAUGUUAUUACCAAUGAAAGAAUUUGAAAAAAUUCAGAAAUCAAGUUUUGAAAUAAUAAAUUUGUUAGAAGAGAAUUUAAAAUUUAUACUGAAUACAAUUAGAGAAGUAUCAAGAAGGAGACAAGACAAAAAUAAAUUAUUAAUCGAUCAACUGAGGCUAAAAUUUAUUACUACUAGACUUUCUGAAUUGAGUCAAUUAAGAUCUAAUCAUGAGAACCUAAUAAAUAAUAUUAAUCAGGCAUCUCAAAAUGAAGAAAGCCUUACAAAUCUAACAAGUUUGGAAAAUGCUUAUAAAUCGUAUCUUGUACCAAUAAAUGUGAUUGAUUUUUCAAAUGAAGGAAAUCAAAUUUGGCUAACCAACAAAAAAUCUUACAAUGAAAUUUAUAACUCGGUAUUUACGACUUGGAUAUCUCGAAUUAAUUUAUAUUUUGAUAAUGCUGAACUGUUCACUGAUUAUUUAACAAUAUUUGAUAAUUUUUUUUCUAAUAAAGAAUAUAAUUCUGCAAUGACAAUUUUGAAUGAUACUUAUAGAUUGAAAAUAUUGGAUUUUGCAUUUGCUGAAAUUCAAACAUUAAAAGAUUUAACAACUAAUAUUAGUGUUGAUGAGUAUUCGAAAAUCUUAUUAUAUGUUGAACUAACUUCAAGAUUGAAGUUUUACACUAAUCAUUUACAAAUAAUGUUAGGAAAAGAAUGGAAUAAUUAUUCAAUUGGUCAAAAAAUAGAUACACUUAUUAAAAAUUUGUUUAAAAAAAUUGAUCCUAAUGUUGCAUUUGAAAACUGGGUCAAGACCUUUACGGAUAUGGCUUCAAUUAAAAAUAUUGGUUUUAUUAUUAAAUUGUCAAAUGUGAAUGGGAAUUACAUUGUUAUACCCAAUACUGAUUUUACUCAAUUCCAAAUAGGCGAAAAGGUUCAUGUUCUAGAAUCAUUAGGUUUCAAAAUGCCACUCAAUUUUAAGUUAACUCAGAAAAAGAUGCUAGCACUUCGAAAUAUUGCAUAUGAAAUAUCAUAUCAAGUAACAUCAUUUAAUCAGAUUUUGCAAUCACCAGAACAAAUUUUAAAAUACAUCCCUGAUUCAAUUGAAACCUUAAACGAAUUAAUAAAAAAGGUUUCAGUCAUUGAAUGGUCACAUAUAUCAGAUGCAAUAGAUUUAAUAAAUCAAAAUGAUGAAAUGCUACUAAGUAGUGAAAGCUUAAUUGAAAUACAGUCAAUUAGGAACUUGCAAGAAUUACAUGAAUAUCUAGUACAAAUCAAUCAUCAAUUGGCUGAUCUACGAAACUUCCAUCAUUUCAUUGAACAACAAUGUCAUGAAUUGAAAACUUGCACAUACGAUACUAAAACAAUUGAACUGAUUUUAAAAGUAAUUGAACAAAAAUUUGAACUUUCAAAUUUAGGAAAUACAGGUGAAAAAGUGAUAAAAUCAAUAAAUGAUGAAAUUGAAUCAAUUUUAGCAAUUAAAUUAAAAACACAAUUGAAAAUAUUUAUAAAUUAUUUGGUACCUAAUAAUCAAGAAAUUGAAGUAGUUGAGUUCGAAAGAUAUCAAACGAAUUUUGAAAAAAUUAAACAUCAAAUUAUUUCAAUAGAUGGUACAUUUAAUUUGAGUCCUACUAUUGCUAAAGGUAAAAACGAAUUAUACACUAGCUUCAAUAAAAUUAUAAAAAUAGUUGCAAAACAAAGACCAAUAUCUUCUACCAAAUUAUUUUCAAAUAUUGCUAUGACUAAUGAAGUGAAUGAUACAUUUAAUGAUUGUCUCAAUGAAAUCAAUUCUUGUUAUAAUGAGGUAGAAAAAUAUUUUAUACGCUGGGAAACAUUUCAUAACAUGUUAUUAAUGGAAGAUUUUGAAAAUUUCUUUGUAGAAGGUGAUGCUUUAAAAUCUUAUGAAAUACUUAAAACAUUCUUUGAAAAUGAAAAAUUAAUGGAUGAACCUGAAAAGUUAAUUGGUGAUUUAAUUACAAUUGAUUCAAAACAAAUUCAAGCAAGAUGUUCAAUCUUGUAUGCUUCAUUCAAAAAAUCAAUUUUAUUGCAAUUUUCAAAAACAUUCGAAACCGAAGUUAGGAAAUUAAAAGAUACAAUACUACAAAUGAAAAUUGAACUUGAAAACCCCCUCGUAUUUCAUGAAGCUAUUAGUCUAAUAUUGAAACGAAUUGGUGUAAUUUUUGAAGCGAAAAACAAAAUUCAAGUUUGGGAAAAUUUAAUAUCGUCAUUUGCAAUAAUUCAACAAUUCAUGAUGAAACAUAAAUUCAAGUUUGGUAAUAAUUGGAUAUUUGUUGAUCAAUUGGAAUUUAUUUUGUCACAAUUGAAACAUCUAUUAAAGGAAAAGCAGACACUAAUUUCAAAAGAUUUAAAUUUCAUAACUACAAAUUCGGAAUCAGAAUUUUUAAAAGCAAAACAAUCUUUAAAAAUUUUAAGAGAUGAAUGGAAUGUUAACAAACCAAUUUCUGGUGACUUAAACCCAAGUGAUGUGUUGCUUUUGUUAAACAAAUAUCAAUCCAAAUAUGAUGAAUUAUUAGCUUAUAUUAAAACUAUUCAAAUUAUUGCUCAAGAAUUGAAAUUUGAAAAUUUCAAUUUUGAAGAAUCAUUGGAACCACUAGAAGAUAUGAAGAGUUUACAAACGGUGUGGUCGAUAGUGAAUUCGUUCUGGGAGAAAUUGGAGUUGCUCAAAUCUAUAGAAUGGUCAGAUUUAAAACCUGAACUUUUACGAAACAAUUUGAAUGAUAUCAUUACUUCUAUAAGAAACUUACCCUUUAAUAUUCGUCAGUAUUCAGCUAUAUUUGAAAUUCAAUCAUUGGUAAAGAAUUAUUUGGAUAUUCAUUCUAUAAUAAUUGAUUUAAAAGAUUCUUCAUUGAAAAAAAGACAUUGGAUUAAAUUAUUUGAUCAAUUAGGUUCAAAAUUGGAAGAUAAACUUACUGUGGGAAGCGUUUGGAAUCUUAACUUAUCAGUCAAUUUUCAAUAUGUUCGAGAAAUUUUGGAACAAGCUAGAAAUGAAAGUACAAUUGAAGAAAGUUUAAUUAAAAUUGAAAAUAAUUGGUUAGAAAAAUAUUUUGAAUUUUUCAAUUAUGAAAAUAAAUGUAGAUUAAUUAAAAAUUGGGAAGAUUUAUUUAAUGAAAUUGAUUUAAAUUUAGAUGUUAUCGGAUCAAUUAAAAAAUCAAUAUAUUAUACAAAUUUUGAUCAAAAAGUAUUAGAAAUUGAGAACAAAUUAAAUUCAUUAAAUUCAAUAUUAGAUGUUUGGUCUCAAACUCAACUGGAAUGGAUUCAUUUAAAUGGUGUGUUUGGAAAUGAUGAUAAUGAAGUUAAAAAUCUUUUACCCAUUGAACAUUCAAGGUUUCAAAAUUUGAAUUAUGAAUAUAUGACUUUGUUGAAAAGGUUGUAUAAAUUUGAUAAAGUUAUUGAUAUUAUUACAAUUACUGAUCUUCAAGCAACAAUGUCGAAAUACUUAAAAACUUUAUCAGUGAUACAAGUGUCUUUAUCUGGAUAUUUGGAGAAACAACGAGAUUUAUUUCCUAGAUUCUUUUUCCUUGGGAACGAAGAUUUACUUGAAUUGAUUGGUUCUUCAAAUGAUAUCACUAGAAUUAACAAACAUAUAAAAAAGAUGUUUAAUGGUAUUGGUCAACUAAAGUUUGACCAUGAAAGUCAUUCGAUUGUUGGUAUCAUUAGUGGUGAAGGUGAGACGUUUGAUUUAGCUGAACCUGUGUCUUUAAUCAAAUAUUCAAUGCUUCAUGAAUGGCUUACUCAAUUAGAAAGUCAAAUCAAACAUUCAUUGCUUGAAAUUUUCAUCACUAGCUAUCCGAAAUGGGAGAAAAUGAUAGAGGAUGUAGAUGAAAUACAGUAUCUUGAAUUAUUGAAAAAUACACCAAAUCAAAUAUCAAUACUUUUAUUACAAGUCAUCUUCACUGAACAAGUAGAAAAUGGAUCUGUAGAUAAUUAUUUUAAAAAUUCCCAAAUUUUACUCCAAAAUCUGGCCAAAAUCUUGAAAGAAAAUAACCUAUAUUAUUUGAGAGUUAAGUUACAGAACAUAAUUAUUGAACUUUUGCAUCAAACCGAUAUUAUUGAUCAAUUAAAUUCAUCUAAAAUUCCAUAUACCUGGGAGAUCCAACAAAAAUAUUAUUUCGAAAAUCAAAAAAUAACAAUGAGACAAGCACGUUGUGAAUUUGAUUAUGGUUUUGAAUAUUUAGGAACUUUUGAGAACUUAGCAUAUACACCAUUGAUUGAUAAAUUUUUUUUGACAAUGACACAAGCUUUAUCCUUGAAACUUGGUGGCUCUCCCGAAGGACCUGCUGGUACAGGUAAAACCGAAUCAGUGAAAGCUCUUGGUCAAAAUUUAGGUAAAAUGGUUAUUGUAUUCAAUUGUGAUGAAAAAUUUGAUUUUAAUUCGAUGGGUCGAAUUUUCCUUGGUUUAUGUAGAGUUGGAGCAUGGGGUUGUUUUGAUGAGUUCAAUAGGUUAGAUGUUAAAAUGUUGAGUGCAGUUUCAACACAGAUAGAAACAAUUCAGCAUGGACUUAAGAAUGUUAAUCAACCUAUACAAUUAUCUAAUCGUGAAUGUCGGGUUAAUCCUGGAACAGCAUUAUUUGUAACUAUGAAUCCUGGUUAUUCGGGAAGAAAUGAAUUGCCUGAGAAUUUGAAAAAAUUAUUUAGAAGUUUUUGGAUGACAAAACCUGAUACUCAAAAAAUAAUUGAAGUAUUAUUGACUUCACAAACUUUCAGUCAUUCAAAUCAAUUAUCUUAUUCAAUAGCUAGCUUUUUUGAAGAAAUAUUAUCAAAUUUUACAAAACAAAAACAUUAUGAUUUUGGUUUGAGGUCCAUCAAAUCUGUAAUUAAUUUAUGUGGAAAUAGAGCUAAAGAAGUCAAAGAAAGCAAUCUUGAUGACGAGUCAUUGAUCGUAUCGCAAAGUAUUGAACAAAUGGUUUUGCCAAAGUUAGUUAAUGAAGAUGUUGAACUGUUUAAAUUUUUACAACUGAAAUAUUUUUCAAAUGAUCAAAAACUAAAUGAUAUCAAACUCGAGUUGAUUAGUCGGUUCAAACAAUUUUGCCAAAGAAAAGGAUUAGUUGAAUCUUCUGCUUUGAUGGAAAAAGGUUUACAAUUGUGUAAUAUUCAAUCUUCAAAUCAUGGUGUUAUGCUUGUGGGUGAUGCUGGCUCUGGUAAGUCUACAGUUUUAGAGAUGGUAAUGAAUGCACUUACGGAAUUUGAAAAUACGGAACACCAAGCUAUUGUUAUUGAACCUAAAGUAAUGUCAAAAGAGCAAUUAUUUGGUAAAUUUGAUAAUUUCACAAAGCAGUGGACAGAUGGUCUUUUCACAAGUCAGUUAAGAAAGGUAAUUGAUAAUACCAGAGGUGAAUUGAAAAAAAGAAUUUGGAUUGUUUUCGAUGGACGUAUCGAUCCAAUCUGGGCUGAGAAUUUGAAUAGUGUUUUGGAUAACAAUAAAGUCUUUACUUUACCAACUGGUGAAAGGCUUGGUUUACCUCAAAAUGUAACAAUAUUAUUUGAAACUGAUGAUUUAACUUAUACCACUCCUGCUACUAUAAGUCGAUGUGGAGUAAUUUGGUUUGAUAAAGAAUUGAUAUCAUUGAAAAUGUUAUAUGAAAAAGUAAUAUCUAGUUUGCGAAACUAUCAACCUCACAAAAUGGAGGAAAGCUCUAUUUCAAGAAUUAAUUUGAUGAAUUUACAGGACCAGAUAUUUAAUCAAUUAAAGCAUAUGUUGAACUUUUCAUUAACUGAAGCUGCUUACGCAGAGAGUAAAUCAUUAGAACACAUUAUGUCAUAUCUGAUUCAUAGAGCUAUUACAUUUUUGGAAGCAAUGUUGAAGACAUCUAUUGAUAAAUUUAUUGAUCAUUCUGAAGAUUUGAAACUGGUGGAUAUAAAAUUUGAUAAAUAUGCUUCUGCAUCAAUUAUGCUAGCCAUGAUGUGGGCUUUUGCAGGAGAUUGUAAUAUUGAGGACAAGUUAAAGUUUUCUGAUUUCAUUAGGUCUCAUCCUGCUUUUGACUCAAUAAGUCCUCCACCUGGUAACAUUAUGAAUUAUGAAAUUCAGCUUCCUGAUUGUAACUGGGUUGAUCUCAAUCAUAAAAUCGAGAUGAUGGAUUUGAACCCACAUGAGAUCAACAAUCCAAAUUUGAUGAUACCAACUAUUGAUACGAUUAAUCAUGAGAAUUUGAUUUUUUCAAUGCUUAAACAACACACACCAAUGCUUUUAUGUGGUCCACCUGGUUCCGGUAAAACAAUGACUUUGUUGAAAGCAUUAACGAAAGCUCCAGAUUUAGAAUUACUAGCACUCAAUUUUUCAAAAGAAACCACUUCAAAUUCUUUAAUUAAGGCAUUAGAAAAUUCAUGUCAGUAUGUCAAAUCAAAUGGAAGACUCAAAUUAAUUCCAAAAGUAACAGGUAAAUGGUUGGUUGUGUUUUGUGAUGAAAUAAAUCUUCCAAUGCUAGACGAGUAUGGUAAUCAAAGUAUAAUUUCAUUGAUAAAUCAAAUGAUUAAAUUUGACGGGUUUUGGUCCACCAAACACAUGCAGUGGGUUACAUUAGAAAACAUUCAAUUUGUCGGGGCGUGUAAUUCACCAAACGAUCCAGGUAGACACGUAUUAAGCUCAAGAUUUUUACGUCAUUUAGCCUUAGUGAUGGUUGAUUACCCAACUAAACCUUCUUUGAAUCAAAUAUAUCAAACAUUCAACAAUGCUAUAUUUAAAUGUGCCCCUGAUCUAAAGCCUUUUAGAAUUGAUAUAACACAAGCUUGCAUUGUUAUUUAUGAGCAUUUCAAAAGACACUUUUCAUUUAAAGCUCCACAUUAUAUUUAUUCUCCACGUGAAUUGACAAGGUGGUGUAAAGGUUUAUAUUUUGCUUUAAAAAGUGAUAAUUAUACAGAGCUAAAGCAAUUUUUGCGUCUAUGGUUUCAUGAAGGUUUGCGAAUAUUUUAUGAUAGACUAAUUAGCGAAGAUGAUAAGAUUUGGACCAUCAAUUUGUUUCAUGAGAUUGGUGAAAAACAUUUUCCAAACGUUGAUUUCAAUGAAUGUUUUAAACUUCCUGUCUUUUUUAGUAGUUGGUUGAGUUCAAAAUUUCAAUCAUGUGAAAAGACUUCACUCAAAAAUUUUGUUAGAGAAAGACUAAGAGUUUACAAUGAAGAAGAGAACACUACAAGUUUAAUUUUACACACAGAGAUGCUUGACCAUAUUUUACGUCUUGAUAGAGUUCUUAAACAACCACAAGGGAACAUGAUUCUAAUAGGACCAAGUUCAAGCGGUAAAUCUACCCUUUCUAAAUUUGUUGCAUGGAUUAAUGGUUUGAAAGUAGUACAAUUGAAAGUAAAAACUGGGUAUACAAUAGAAUUAUUUGAUAACAUGUUGAGAAAAUUGCUACUUUGUUGUGCCGAUGGUGAAAAAGUAUGUUUGUUGAUUGAUGAAGCAAGUAUUGUGGAAGCUACUUUUGUUGAAAGAAUGAAUAUUUUACUAGCUAAUGCUGAGAUUCCUGGUCUAUUCGAGGGUGAGUCACUACGAUUACUAAUGAAAAAAUGUAUUGAAAGAUCUAAAGCGCAAGGGCUUAUGCUUGAAUCUGAGUUUGAAUUGGUUAAGUGGUUUAGUGAACAAAUUUCUCAAAAUCUACAUGUUAUAUUCACGGUGAGGGAAUCACCAAAAAGUGUAGGUGGUAGUAUAAUUUCAUCACCGGCAUUAUUUAAUAGGUGUGUUGUAAAUUGGAUGGGUGAUUGGUCUGAUGACUGCUUACAAGAAUUAGCUUCUGAAUUAUUAAGUUCUAUAUCAAUUAAUCCUCCAACUGACAAUGCGGUAAGUUCAACGGAAACUUUUAAGGGUCUGGUCAUUUCAUACUUAAUAUUUGUACAUCGAAAUAUGUCUGCUGAGAGGUCAUUUCCAAAACAAUUUUUAACAUUUGUAAAUACAUUCAUUAAUUUGUACAAACAAAAACAAUUGGAAAGUGAAGCUUAUCAAAGACGUGUUAUAACUGGGCUUAAUAAACUUCGUGAAACGAUGGUCGAAGUAGACAAAUUGAAAGCUGAUUUAUCUCAAAAACAACAAAUUUUACUUACUAAAUCUAACGAGGCUAGGGUCAUGUUGAAUACUAUGUUAGUUGAUCAAAAUGAAGCUGAAAGAAAACAUGAAUUUUCAAUAGAAACUCAGGCUGAAUUGGAGAAACAGAAGAUUGAUAUAAAAAGAAGGAAAGACUACGUUUUAGAAAAACUCAAAUAUGCUGAGCCUGCUGUUCUUGAGGCACAACGAGGGGUUCAGAACAUAAAGAAACAACAUCUCACCGAAAUUCGAAGUAUGAUUAAUCCACCAAAUGGGGUAAAAUUGACAAUGGAGUCAGUUUGUAUUAUUCUUGGUUAUAACGUUACAAGUUGGAAAGAGGUUCAAGCUGCAGUGAGAGGAGAUGAUUUUAUUUUAAACAUUGUCAGGUAUGAUUGUGAAACACAUUUAACACCAGAACUUCGUGAAUACAUGGAAAAGACUUAUUUAUCAAGAGAUGAUUUUACAUUCGAAGCUGUACAUAGAGCUAGUAAAGCAUGUGGACCAUUGUUGGAAUGGGUAAAAGCUCAGUUGGCAUACUCUAAGGUUUUAAAAGACAUUGGACCUUUGCGUGAAGAAGUUCGCCUUUUGGAAAAGCAUACUUUGAAAACAAAAGCUCAAUUGAUAGCUAUUGAUGAAAUGAUUCAAGAAUUAGGUCAAAAAAUUGAAAAUUGUAAGACUGGCUACAGCGAAUUAAUAAGGGAAAUUGAGAGAAUCAAAAUGAAUUCUGAAACGGUGAAAACUAGAUUGGAAAAAAGUGUUAAAUUAAUAAACAACCUUAAUUCGGAAAAAGUUAGGUGGAGUAAUUCAAUUACAACGUUUGAAAAGCAAAACAAUCAACUUAUUGGAAACAUUUUAUUAUCUGCAUCGUCGUUAACAUAUGCUUGUAGUUUGGAUGAAAAGGAUCGUGAUUUUUUAAAACAAAGUUGGACGAAGAAGUUAAAUGAAUUAAAUAUAUCGUUUGAUCCUGCAUUAUCAGUGGCAAGAUACACUUUAGAAAGGGAAGAGCUAAAAGACUGGUUCAAAAAAGGAUUGACUGAUGAUGAAGUUAGUACAUCAAAUAUUGCAUCAUUAAAAUUUAAUCAAUAUCCAAUAUUAAUAGAUCCCACUGGUUCAAUUGUUGACCUCAUAUAUAAUUAUCUUUCAGCUGAAUUAGUUACCAGAACAAGUUUUAGAAGUCCACAAUUCAUGAGUAAUUUGGAAAAUUCUAUGAAAUUCGGAGGAUUGUUGAUUGUUGAAGACUGUGAAUAUUAUAAUCCUAUUUUGAAUAGCUACUUGGGUUCAACCACUCAAAAAAUGGGGGGAAGAAUGGUACUUGAUUUAGGUGAGCAUGUAGUUGAUUACAAUCCAGCAUUUAAAUUGAUUUUAAGCACUAAAAGGUCAACGUUAGUAUUGAGUGAUUACGUUAAAGCUCGUGCUACAGUCAUAAAUUUUGCAAUAACUGAUGGUAGUUUAAAUAAUAUUUCUUUAAAUAUUGCUUUGAAAUUUACAAAUCCAAGUUUAGAGAGCAAAAGGUCAGAUAUUAUAUAUGCCAAAAACGAAUUGACUCAUAAAUUAGAAACUUUAGAGAAAGAGCUCCUACAGCUAUUGAAUACAUCUACUGAUAAAAUAGUUGAUAGUGAUGAGGUCAUGGAAACAUUGGAGAACUUGAAAAAAGAUGGAAAUGAAAUGAUUGAAAAAUUAGAUAGUACAGAGAAAAUAAUGAUGCAAGUCAAUUCAGUAAGACUGGAGUAUGAAGAAUUGGCAGGUAUAUCAACUCGUGUAUUCAACGUUUUAAAAAUCAUGAGUAGCAUUUCAAAUUUUUAUUAUUUAUCAAUAGAAAAGUUUGUUAAAAUUUAUGAAUCUGUUUUUGACGAGGGUAUCAAGGAUCCAAAGAAGUUGUUAUUUGUUUUAUAUGAAAAGACAAUGGGAAAUACAAGUCCCUCCUUGACGAAAGAAGGAUUAUUGAUUUUGAAACUAAUGUUAAGUAUAUCAUCAAAAGUUACCAUGUUUGGUGAAAAUUACAAAAAGGUAGUUGUUAGAUUAUUAUUCAAUCCUAUGGUUGAUAAGACUGAAGUUAUGAAUAUUUGCUCAAAUAGUGUUGAACCUGAUUUAUCGCUAAUAAAAUUGUUGGAAGAGCAUUCAGGUGAUGAAUUAGACAAAAAACUACCCAUUACUAAAGAGAAUCACCAAGUCAAGCCACUAACAGACUUUAUAUUCAAUAAUCAAUGGUCAAAUGAGGAUAAUUUUGAUCAUUUACUUGCUCGAAAUAAAUUAUUCAUAAUAACUUCCUCAAAAGAUUAUGGAUCUACAUUUAAAAUUCAUGAUCUUGCAAAAGCUGCUAAUAAAACUACGAUUGUGACAUCAAUGGGGUCAAUCGAAAGUUCGGAACUUGCCAACAAACACAUAAAAGAUGCUGAAAUUUCACCAAUUUGGGUUAUUGUUGAAAAUGUUCAAAUGUCAUCACAUUGGCUUGAAUCAUUGGAUUCACAACAUUUAUUAUUGCAUGAAGAUUCCAAAUUAUUUUUGACAUGCGAUGAAAAUUCUCAAAUCCCUCAAACAUUGAUUGCCAAGAGUCAAGUUUUACAUUUUGGUGAUGAAAGUUCUUUCAAACGAAAUUUUUUAGUCACAUUUAAACAAAUUCCAUCACAAUUCUUAAAAAGAGCAGUUCAUUUGCGAAUUUUCUUGUUAUACACUUGGUUUCAUAACGUCUUGAUAGAAAUUGGUAAAUAUAGUCCUUUCACUUUGACUAAGAAGUACGAUAUCAAUGAAUCUGAUUUUAUAUGUGGUGUUCAUCUGAUUAACAAAAUCAUGACUUUGGUAAAUGACGAUGAGAGAGAAAUACCAUUCCAAGAAAUUAAUUAUAUGAUUUGUAAAAUUAUUUACGGUGGUAAAAUUAAUACACUAGAGGAUAAAGAUUAUGUGAACAAAUUAGCGGGUUCUAUUUUCAUAAUGGAAUCAUUAAACCUGGAUUUUAGUUUGAUUGAAACAUCUAAACCAUUACAAUUACCUAAUGGAAAUACAAGUGAAGAUUAUGUUGCAUGGAUAAACGAAUUACCAGACGUAGUACCAACAUCGUGGUUGAAUUUAGAUAACGACAUCCAAGAAUCCAUAGACGAAAUAAUGGCUAAACGUGCUGUAGACGUAGUUUUGACACAUUUAGAUAAUUUAUAA